AUGACCAACCACACAGUGGAGACAGAUUUCUUCCUCAUGGAAUUCUCUGACAGCAAGCAGCUCCAGGUACUCCAGGGCUUUCUGUUUCUUCUGGUUUACCUGGUGUCCCUUAUGGAGAACCUUCUCAUCAUCAUACUUGUCACUUUGGACCAAUGCCUUCACACCCCCAUGUACUUCUUCCUGAAGAACUUGUCCUUCCUCGAUGUGUGUUUCAUUUCAGUCACAGUCCCAAAGCUCAUUCUCAACUCUUUGUCUCACAGGAGCACUAUCUCUUUCUCAGGAUGUGUGUGUCAGGUCUUGUUUGUGGUUUCCUUUGCUGCAUCUGAAAUUUCCAUCCUUACAAUCAUGUCGUAUGAUCGCUAUGUGGCCAUCUGUCACCCACUGCACUAUGAUGCCCUCAUGAACCAGACAGUCUGUUUGCAGAUGGUGGCUGCCUCUUGGAUAUUUGGAAAUCUCUUUGGGGUCUUAUAUUCAUAUGGCACCUUCUCUUUAUCUUUCUGUGAUUCCAGAAAAGUGCCACAGUUCUUCUGUGAUGUCCCCUCUCUACUCAAGAUUUCUUGCUCAAUGAUGCAUGUCGCCAUUGACAUUAGUGUGAUCAUUGGAGUCCUGUAUGGAUUUCUUUGCUCAGUGUCUAUAGGGCUUUCAUAUGUUUACAUUUUCAGCACAGUGCUGAAAAUGCCUUUGCUACAAGGGAAGUCAAAAGCCUUUUCUACCUGCAUGCCCCAUCUCAUUGUUGUCUCCACAUAUCUAGUCACAGGUAUCACUGCCUAUUUGAAACCAGUUCCUGAUUCCCCACAGCUUUGGGACUUUUUGGUGUCUGCUUUCUAUUCUGUGAUGCCUCCAUCUAUGAAUCCUAUAAUAUACAGCCUAAGGAAUAAGGAAAUCAAAGCUGCUUUGUGGAAAAUUUUAUGGAAACUAGAACAUUAUGACUUUUAUCAAAAAGCAUUCAUAGUAUAUAGAAAGGCUACAUGA